ACGCAUGCGCCGUGAAAACAAACCGCCCAGCGGGAGUGAGGCUUAACUGAGAGGAAAAACGAAACGCUCACCAGAAUUAACGGUCCGUACUGUACUACUCUUCACCGGACCGGACCGGACUGGACCGCCCAAUGGAAGCAGGUUUCUCACUUUUUAUAUUUGGCUGAGAAAAGUGCUGAUUCCAGAACAAUGCAUGGAUGGCGUGUCAUUUGUGGGGCAUACACCCAGACAUCAGCUCACACUUUUGUAGGGCAUGUGUCUCUUCUGUGUGAGGUGAUUAAAAGCAUUGAUGAGAAUGCAGGCUAAAAGUACACCAGGGGGCUCUGCUGUGUUAUCAGCACGAUUAAAGUGACCACCGACCCACCGGACAGGAGAGUGUAUUUAUGGCAGCAGCACACAACAGUACAAACAUGUCAGAGCACAGCUCAGAGUCUCCUGAGUUGUGAGUCAUGCUGGGUGUUGUUGGAAGUUUCCUGACCACUCAGUGCAGAGAACAGCAGGAGGACAAAGACCGAGUUUGGGGGAACCGCCAUGAGAAUCUGACAUGUUAGCAGAGAACCUUUCAGGUGUGGAAGAGGAGAACCAGAACAACUGGACUGACGGUUUCAAAUCAGAGGAGGAAAUCCUUUCAGAGUUGGAGCCUGUUAGCGGAGGAAGCGCUGACCCCACCGCCCUCAUCAGCUCCCAGCCUCUGCAGGCUGCAGCUCCCCCAGAGGAGGCCGCACAAGCAGCAGCAUCAGGUCAGAAACCCCUGCUGGACUAUCAUGGGAGUACAUGUCCACAAUGUGGUCUCCCGGUUCCAGAACACAGACUGCAGUCCGUUCCUCAGCUGAAGAACUCAGAGCACAGCACCAAGAGGAGCAAAUGUGGCAAAUCUGGAUCCCACCAAAGUGCUGCUGCCCCUGCUGACUCUUGUUUUCAUCUGCUGCUGGCGUGCUUGUGGUGUCAGUUCUCGGUGCUGCUUCUGGGUCUGCUGGAGGCCUGCUCCUCCUGCCUGCAGGGCCUCUGCUCCUCCUGCUGCCACGCCUGCGCCUCCUGCUGCUCAGCCAUUCAGGACACGCCGGUGGAGGAGUUCGGCUGCCACGCUCACUGCCACUCGGUUAUGUUUGAGUCGUGCUGCGAGCCCACCGAGUGUCUGGAGUUUUGCCUGGAGUGCUGUGAGAUCUGUCAUCGCGGCUAGAACGUUCUUCACCCGAACUCUAAGACUUUUUCAAACUGUCAUGUCUUAUUAUGGAGCAUUCAUAAUAACAUUUUUCAAAAACUUUUUGUUUGACAACAUUUUUCAUCUAAAAAAAUGUAUUUUUUGCAGCUGUUUGUUUCGUACACAACAAAAAAACUCCUUGCAUAUAGAACACAAAAAUAAAAGUAGGAUUACAGAUUACCUAUACUUCAGUUAAUCAAAAUACCUAAAAUAUGAUUUUGAAGUUCAGAAAUACUCAUCUCCACCGAAAAUAUAAAACAAGUAAAAAAAUCAAUAUGUGAAAACUAUUUAGCAUAGUAACUCUAGAAUAUUUGAAAUUAUUAGUGCAUGUGUUUAAAUACAUGUUUUAUUGUAAUAAAAGCCUAAAGAAAAAAUCUAAGAACUUAAUGUAAAAACUACACAGAUUUCAAAUGUUUUUAAAAAUUCAUGAAAGAGUAGACUACUUUGGUUUGUUUUUAUUCCGAUUAUUGUUAGAUUAAAAAAAAAAAAGACAUUGUUUUACACCAGAUAAGCGAAGCAGUUGGAUUAUUGAAAGUAUAUGAGAACUGGACUGAGUGACCCCUCCCCCUUCCAAACAGGAAGUACCUUCUGCCUCCAAGAGGGUGAAAUCUCAUCGACUUCUAUUGAGAAAUAAACAGCUAUUAC